GUCCGUCGUGACCAGCUCAAAAACAUGUGGGCCAAGGUGGAUGCUGAAUUUGAGGCAUGUUCGCUGGCAAUGCUGUGCGAGGCCCCUGAAGACCAAGAGGAAAUUCAGAAAAUGUAUGGCGAGUGCUAUGAGGGCUAUGAGCGGUGCGUGGCGGACCUCAUAGCCCAAAUAGACCGCCCAGACCUCCGACCUCCCGGGCCGCAGACCUCCCAGGGCGGUUGUCGGCUGCCCCCCUGUGACAUUGAAGUUUUCGCAGGGGAUUACGUUCGCUGGCCGACGUUCCGCGACCUAUUCACAGCGAUUUAUAUAAACAAUCCGAGGCUGUCCCCGGUGGAAAAGCUGUACCACCUCACUACUAAAACCCGUGGCGAUCCGAAAGCCAUAGUAGAAAAGUCCCCACUUACCAAUGACGGUUUCGAGGCAGCAUGGUCAGCCCUCCGUAGUCGAUAUGAAAAUAAUCGACUCCUGGUGACCAACCAGAUAAAUAUCCUGCUAUUGCUGCCUCGCGUGGGUUCCGAGACUAGUCGUGCCUUGAAAGAGCUUCAGAGCACCAUUCAAGGUGUUCUAACUGCUCUGGCCCACUCCAAGGUCUGCACAGACAAUUGGGAUAGUAUUCUGGUGACCAUCUGUGCAUCCAAGCUGCCAAAACUGACCCGGGCUCUGUGGGAAGCGUCAGUGACUGACAAGAAGGAAAUGCCUCCAUGGACGGAAAUCGACUCCUUCCUGACACAGCGGUACCUGACGCUAGAGGCCAUGGAGAGCGACCCUUCCCAGGCUAGAAGCGAUCCGCAUCAGCAACCGUCCAAAGGCAGUCAAAAUCCGCAAUCCUCCGGAAGCCACGCCAACCCAUUCCGGUCUCAAGGCAGUCCUCCUCCGAGGAACUUUCACUCCUUCAAGACCCACAUUAAUCCGAAGCAGUGCGAUCUCUGCUCCAAAGAGAAUCAUCCGGUCCGGCUCUGCCCGCACUUCCUCCAAAUGGACGUUGAAGCACGUUCAAGCUGCAUCAAGACGAAGCAGUUGUGCUUAAACUGUUUUGCCCGAGGUCACCAGCUCCGAGAGUGCACCAGCGCCCACAAUUGUUUCACGUGUGGAGCCCGUCACCAUACACUGCUGCAUCGCGGUACUCCUGCCUCCAGUGAGUCGUCCACAUCCGCGCAAAUUUCCAAUUCGUCCGACGCUCAGCCCACCGUGCAAAAUUAUUUCACCUCGGGCACCAGGCCCGUUCUUCUAGGCACGGCAAUAAUUAACAUUUGCCACCUGGGGACAAAUUUCCGCGCCCGCGCUCUAAUCGACUCGGGCUCCGAGGCUACGUUCAUUACGGAACGGCUUUUUAACAUCAUCAAACUACCAUUCCGCCUUAUUCAGGCACAAGUCUCAGGCCUGAGUCAGUCGGUAGCAGCUCAGUCCAAGAAGCUCUGCCACUUUUCCAUUCGUUCCCCGACUAAGCCGGGCUUGCAGUUGAAAGCCGCGGCUUACGUAUUGCCGGAACUAGCAGGCAAUCUCCCGUCAUAUCCAAUUCCGCUAAGUGCGUUGCGAGAUUUGCCGAACCUGCCAUUAGCUGAUCCCACCUUCUAUGAGAGCUCGCAGAUAGAUGUCCUGAUCGGAGCCGAUAUCCUUCCCUCCAUCCUUCUGAGCGGUUCACAGACCGACAUUUGUGGCUCUCUCCUUGGGCAGGAAACGAUUUUCGGGUGGUUGCUUACUGGUCCGGUGCCCAGUGCCCCCCCGAACCGAAUCGCAUCUUUCUCCACACAAGUGUCCAACGUCCUCGAUGCUCCAUUAGACAAGCUCCUCACAAAGUUUUGGGAGGUGGAGGAUCUACCAACCAAGUUAGUAGGAGAGUCCGAUUCCUAUUGCGAAAGCAACUUCCUACAAACCACCACGAGGGCAACAAGCGGAAAAUACAUGGUAACCCUACCAUUCCGCGACCCGGGUCAUCUCGGGUCUGGCCUAGGGUAUUCAAGGUCCAUCGCACUAGCCCAGUUCUUAAGGAACGAGAAUCGGCUGAAGAGAGAUUCGCCGUUGCACGAACAGUACGUUUCCGUAAUCCAAGAAUACUCAGAUCUGGGCCACAUGACAGAGGUCCCUCCGAGCCACGACUCCAACAACUACUAUCUCCCUCACCACGCAGUAAUCAAACCCGAUAGCACUACAACGAAGCUUCGUGUGGUGUUUAACGCAUCCAGCCCAUCCGCGAACGGAACGAGCUUGAAUGACCUCCUUCACGCGGGCCCGGUCCUACAAUCCGAUUUGACCCUUCAGAUUCUGAAAUGGCGCUACUUCCGAUAUGCGUUCAACGCCGACAUCACCAAAAUGUACCGUCAGAUUUGGGUGGAUCCAGAACACACUCGUUUCCAGAGAAUCUUGUUUCGAAACGCAGAGGGGGAAAUUCGUGAUUACGAAUUGAAAACCGUCACCUUUGGCGUCAACUGCGCCCCCUUUCUCGCCAUUCGAGUCCUUCAACAGCUUUCCAACGACGUCCAAUCGCAAUUCCCCAGGGCUAGUCAUAUCAUUCGGCACUUUAUGUACGUCGACGAUGUCCUCGCCGGCGCUGACUCCACACAGGAGGCUCAGCUAGCCAUCCGCGAAUUACAGGCCGCCCUCAGUUCGGCAGGUUUUCCGCUACGAAAGUGGACAGCCAACCACAAGGACGUAUUGGCCGAGAUUCCGAGUGACCACCUCCUCCACACUGAUUUCCUGGAGAUUGACGCACAGAGCACGGCAAAGACCCUCGGCAUUCGCUGGAAAGCGACCUCCGACGAGUUCUUCUUUGUUCCUCCGGUGCUCUCGCUUGAGUCAUCCUACACCAAGCGAGAAGUCCUCUCGCAGAUAGCGAAACUGUUUGAUCCUGCAGGGUGGCUGGCACCGUUCAUCGUCCGCUCCAAGAUCUUCAUGCAGGAAAUUUGGUUGCAGGAACUGGAGUGGGACGAGAACCUUCCCAACGAACUGUGUCAAUACUGGCAAGCCUUCCUGCGUAGCUACUCCUGUCUCACCAAGAUCCGUAUCCCAAGGUGGAUUGGUUCCCAGCCAUCCGUUAAGGUGGAGCACCAUGGGUUCUGUGAUGCCUCAGAAAAGGCUUACGGCGCCGCGAUUUAUGUUCGCGUUGAGAUGGGCCAGCGUAUCGACGUGCAUCUACUGGCAGCGAAGACACGAGUUGCGCCCGUAAAAACCGUAUCGCUUCCCCGGUUAGAGCUGUGCGGGGCCGUGCUUCUAGCCGAAAUGGCGACGGCUAUCCUGCCAAGUAUGCCGACGACAGGGUCUACCUGUUACUACUGGACAGAUUCCACAAUCGUUCUCGCCUGGUUGAACAAGCCUGCAUGCCAUUGGACCACCUUCGUGGCCAAUCGAGUAACGAAAAUCGCUCAAACCACCGAGACCCAAAAGUGGUCUCAUGUGCGCUCCGAGCACAACCCGGCGGAUUUAGCCAGUCGGGGGGUUCCUCUACAGGAUCUGGUUGACAACCAUCUCUGGUGGCAUGGGCCCUCAUGGUUACAGCAACCACGCUCUCAAUGGCCGCUCCAAGAUCAGGAAACCCCCGUCAUAGACCUCGAGCAGCGGGCUGUGAAAGUCCAUUUCACAACCAGCCCACCCGAAGACUUCCUCGAGCGGUUCUCCACGCUUGAAAAAGCUCUACGAGUCCGCGCGUACGUCCUGCGUUUCCUACAGCGCUGCCGAAAACUACCGUACGCACAGGAGAUCCAUCCUACAAGCGGGGAAAUUAACGAGGCUGAACGAACUCUUAUCCUAGAAACUCAGCGCCGAGAAUAUUCUCAAGAGUAUCACUCCUUACGUGAGAAGCGUCCAGUGCCUCGAUCAAGUUCUAUCCUGAAUUUGAAUCCGUUUAUGGAUCAACAUGGGGUCAUACGCUCCUGCGGCCGUGUAUCUACGGCGCAAGGGCUGAAGUAUGACGAGCGACAUCCCAUAAUUCUUCCGUAUAACUGUCGUUUGUCGCGACUCCUCACGCAGUUCACACACCGGAUCACUCUUCACGGGGGCAGCCAAUUGAUGGUGCGACUUAUCCGAUCCAAGUAUUGGAUUCCACGGAUUCAGAAGCUGAUGAAGGGUGUCGUGAACUCUUGCAAAGUGUGCCUUAUCCACAAAAGGAAGUUGCAAACUCAACUGAUGGGGGAUCUCCCCAGGGAGCGAACUUCAUUCUCCCGACCGUUCACGCACACCGGAAUUGACUACGCCGGUCCCUUCGAAAUCCGCAACUACACAGGGCGGGCGUGCCUUAUUACCAAGGGGUAUGUGUGCGUGUUCGUGUGUUUCUCCACGAAGGCUAUUCAUUUGGAGCCUACGUCCGACCUCACCACCGAGAAAUUUCUCGCUGCCUUCGCGCGGUUCGUCGCGAGACGAGGCUGUCCACAGAGUAUCCACUCCGAUAACGGCAAGACCUUUGUGGGCGCAGCCACAGUACUGGCCCGUGAUUUCCUAGAAGCAUUUAAGGACUCUGUGAUUGAUGCGUACAGUCACCAAAGGGUCUCGUGGAAAUUCAUCCCACCAGGGGCCCCACAUAUGGGGGGACUUUGGGAGGCCGGAGUGAAGAGCUUCAAAACCCUGUUCUAUAAGGCCACGUCCACUCGUAGAUACACCUUCGAGGAGCUCUCCACGCUUCUCUCGAAAAUAGAGGCGUGCCUUAAUUCCAGACCGCUCUCGCCUAUGUCCGAAGAUCCGACGGAGUUACUGGCCCUAACUCCCGGGCAUUUCCUUACGGGGGGGACCCUUAAUGGCGACGGCGGAGCCAGAAGUUAA